GCGCGUGGCAGUCUGUCGCCGGUUCUUAUACGGAGAACCUGUGUUGCAAAACGUCAGGAAAUCUGUGUUAUAAAUAUUAUUUUACAUGUACCUUUACUUGUAUUUCGCUUGAAAAGUCCGAAUAAAAACGGUUUUCGUGACUUAACUAUAAUGAUUUUUACUUACCUAUGUAUUGUAUGGGUCAACUUACCGUUACAAAAUAUCUGAGCAGCUUGCAAAUUCCAGGAAUCAUCUACCUGGUAUCGAGAUUUUAACAGUUUGAGUGCGUCAGCCCUCGUGAUAAGUGGUCUGAUAUCUAAACGUUUGUGGCGCAAGCAAGAUAAUUUGAGUUUCGACAUCUAUUUAAAUAUCAAUUAGACUGUAAAUAUUGCAGUUAAUAAUGGAUCUCAUCGCAUUGUGGUUAUUCUCAAUAGUGCUUGGAUAUUGGAUUUUUAAAAAAAUAAAAGAACGGCAACAUUUACCUCCUGGACCCUGGGGUCUUCCUAUCGUAGGAUAUUUACCAUUUAUAGACAGGAACCAUCCGCAUCUGACUUUAACAAAGUUGUCUAAAGAGUAUGGCCCUAUCUAUGGAAUUAGCAUGGGUAGUGUUUAUGGAGUGGUAUUAUCUGAUCAUAAAUUGGUAAGAGAUGCAUUCGCCAAAGAAAAUUUUUCGGGUCGAGCUCCUCUUUAUUUGACGCAUGGGAUCAUGCAAGGAAAUGGUAUUAUUUGCGCCGAGGGUGGAUUAUGGAAGGACCAACGAAAGUUAAUUACCACAUGGCUUAAAAGUUUUGGAAUGAGCAAGCACGGCGUAUCUCGUGAAAAGUUGGAGAAACGAAUUGCAUCUGGUGUUUUUGAACUCCUCGAGAAUGUGGAAAAAUUGUCCGGAUCACCACUAGACCUUUCUCACAUGCUUACAAAUUCGUUAGGAAAUGUUGUUAAUGAAAUUAUAUUCGGAUUCAAAUUUCCUCCGGAUGACAAAACUUGGAAUUGGUGUCGGCAGAUUCAAGAAGAGGGGUGCCAUGAAAUGGGUGUAGCUGGUGUUGUUAACUUCUUACCUUUUGUGCGAUUUGUUUCACCAUCCACUCGAAAUACUAUAAAAAUAAUAGUACGUGGGCAAGCUCAGUCCCACCGACUUUACGCUAGUAUUAUAGCAAGGCGGCGCAAAAUGCUAGGGUUAGAAAUUCCCAAAGGCGCCGAGUAUCCCCUUCACAGUCGUAUAUUUGACGAUCAUCCCGAUGGAUAUAUCAAAUGUAUCAAAUAUAGCAAACAUGCAUCAGACACUGAAGAACAUUUCUUUGACCCGAAUAUUCUUAUUGAAACUGAUGGAGAGUGUGUUUUGGAUAGUUUUUUAAAAGAGCAGAAAAAAAGGUUUGAAAAGGGCGACGAAACCGCACGUUAUGUGACAGACGAACAAUUGCUGUAUCUUUUGGCUGAUAUGUUUGGUGCAGGAUUAGAUACCACAUCUGUUACUCUAGCCUGGUUUUUGCUUUAUAUGUCUUUGUAUCCAGACGAACAGGAACUGGUCCGUAAAGAAAUCUUAUCUAAUUAUCCAGAAGAGGGAGCAGAAGUGGACGUAUCGAGAUUGCCUUAUCUUAUGGCAACUAUUUGUGAAACCCAGAGAAUCAGGUCCAUCGUACCUGUUGGCAUUCCACAUGGAUGUGUUGAAGACACAUUUUUGGGUAAUUACAAAAUCCCUAAAGGAGCCAUGGUAAUUCCUCUACAGUGGGCUCUGCAUAUGGACCCAGAUGUUUGGGAAAACCCUGAAGAAUUUCGCCCUAGUCGUUUCAUAGCGCCAGACGGAAGCUUACUAAAACCACAAGAAUUUAUCCCUUUCCAAACAGGAAAACGUAUGUGUCCCGGAGAUGAAUUAUCUCGUAUGUUGUCGUGUGGUCUGGUAACUAGAUUGUUCAGACGCAAGCGCGUAAGGUUAGCUUCGAACCCCCCAACACUUGAGGAAAUGCAAGGCAAAGUCGGUGUUACCUUGACACCCCCUGCAGUUCAUUAUUACUGCGAUGAUGUUUGACGGGUUUUUAUUUCUUUUAUUUAAUUUUCUUAUAUUCUUUUAGUUUAAAUUAUAAACAUAAAAUUAUUUAAACAAAGCAAAAGUAAUAGUGUUUCUUUUUGUUACUAUUACUAAAAAUAUGAAAAUAGUAAUGUCGAUUACAGUUUAAAACUAAAAGAUUUAAACCUUUAUAUUACUAAAGUAAUAUGGCGAUUUCCCACUAUAUUAUUAUAUUAGAAUAUUUUUUAUGAAUUCUCUUUGUAUCCGUGGAUAGGGUUCACUUAAUAACUGACAAGUGCCGAAUGUUUUUGUUUCUGAUAAUACAAAAAAACCUUUUUGUAAUUUGGCUUUAUACAUUCUAAACAAUGCAUGGAAAUCGAACAUCGUAAGAAAUCAAUAAAACACUACACAUUUUUUUUAAGAACAGUAAGAAGUUUAUUUAAGUACAAAAUGACAUUUAUGUUUUGGUUCAUGAUGUUCCUGUAUUUAACGUUUAUGAUGAUAUCUCAGCCUUAUGCCUGUGCUUACGCUGUUUCGCAGUUUGAUAUUCCUGUUAAUAUUUUAAAUAAUUUACUAUUUGAACUUCAUAGGAGUAUUUGGAAAUUAAUUAUAGUUACGUAUCACUUUACUUUUUAACGUAUAUUUUAAUUAUAUAUAUUUCGCAAGUACAUUUUGUUUCGAAAAAAAAAAAAAAAAUUAUUUGGAAAUAUUUGAAUUUAGGCCAUCUAUUUGAGUGUUUUAACUCUCUACAGAUUGAUUUUUGAUCCCUGACAACAAAAACGGCAACUUCAAUCGUUAUUAAAUUAAAACGAACAAGGGAGCAAUUUCUAUAGAUUCCCAUAAGGAUUGUGAAAAUCGGUACAGAAUUGAUGACAUAAUCGUCUAAUAUAGUUGUAAAAUUAAGUCGUAAUGCGAAUAAUCAAUAACCAAAUAAAAAUAAUGAAAAAAAGAUGGGACUUUUCAUUAGUUUUUAAAUAAUUGUCUUUCUUCUCUCAUGUAGAUUAUAUUAUAUAUAUAUAGAUUAUAUAUACUUUUUAAAGCAAUAAUGCUAUAGAUUUAUAAAAUAAGUAGCUCUUACCUACGAUUUUCGUGUAGGUCUCAGCCUAGAACAGGCCACCCCUUUCUUUAUCAAUUAGACGAU